AUGCCUAUGAAGAGAAUCAGCAGCAGGCUGCUCAACAAGAGAAUGCUUCUUCUUCCCGCUACACUCGCAAUACCCCCACAUGCCGCCAUGCUAGGCAUUGGCACCGACAUUGUGUAUCUGCCGAGAUUCGCGAAAAUCGUGGAGAAACACGCGCCAGUUGGACAAAGCACUACGUUCCGUAAAAUUGCGACCAAAUUUAUGCACCCCGAGGAGGUCCGUCACUUGUACCAGAUGCUCCAACUGGGAUACAAUUCUCCUAGUGUCGUGCGAUAUCUUGCAGGCGUAUGGGCUACAAAAGAAGCGAUCUUCAAAAGCCUUGCCGCUCAGAGGCUCGAAAUUCCCCUUCUUCCAGCUCAAAAGAUCUACACUCAAGUAUUUUACAAGACCAACGAACAGGACGGGGCGCCCCGAGUCGAGUUCGACAGUUCUAUAGAGCGCUUGCACCCCGAAUUCGCCAGAGCCUACAUUGCAAACACUAGAUUCGUGCUUAGCAUAGCACAUGAUGAGGAUUACCUAGUGAGCUUUGUUUGCCACAUUCGGGGCCAAGCUGCGGAAAACGUAGUCCAAAAAACGCCUCGGCCGUUCUCAUAA